ACAAGGGCAAGGAGAAGGUCACUGCAAGCGGGACAAGCAGCAGAGCGGGCAAGGGCAAGGCGAAGGCCUCCUCACCGCCGUUCGAGCCACAACCCAAGCUCCGGCAAAAGGAAUUGGAGAGGGAUAAUGUGGUGUACCGGUGGAUAUAAAGGGGGCAGGAAGCAGAUCCCAUGCACGAAGGUGUUUGUGGCAUCAAAGACCCAGGCGGUUGAGCACUUCAUCAAGAAGGGCAAAGCUGCCAAAAGAACUGGGGAGAUGUUGCAUCUGCUGGCGCUGAGAGGGGCCACCAUUGAGGGAGAUGCAGCAAAGAGGAUGCUCCAUGUGUAAAAGGUCGACAAGGGCAUUGCAGAGGACACCGGGAUGGAGCCUGCGGCAAAUGCAGACAAGACCGCGGUAGAUGACAUUAAGCAGGACUUGCGGCCACCUCCAGCAUCCGCCCGAGAGGUGCGAGGGACCAAGGAUGAUAUCGAGGGUGGGACAAAGGAUGGAGAAGCCAUCACUCAUGUGACACCCUCUUGUGCGGGGUCUUCGUCUGCAGCAAAGUCUGGGAAGACUAAGCAGACCUCCAUCCGCCGAUGGACAGAGAACACCGCACAGAAGAAGCUGGACAUGCAAUGGGGGAGGGCGUUGUUUGGCUCCGGCGUGCCCUUCAAUUUCGUACGUGUCGAUGAGUCACGGGCCCUCCAUGACUUGUACAUGGAGCUGGGGGCAGCGAAGGCGAAGGUGGACAUGCCCACCUUCGACACGUUGCGGACUGUGGUUUUGGAUGCCGUGUACGAGGAGGUGGUUGACAUGAGCCACAGGAAGACGAAUGCUGCAGCGAUUGCUAAGCUCUGGGAGGAGGUCAUCAAGGAGAUUGGCGUGCAUAGGGUGAACGCAAUCUGCACUGGCAACGCUGGAGUGAACAAACGGGUCGCGAGGAUCUUGUCACAAAGUACAGAUCCGGAUAUUGCGAAGAUCCCUUGGGUGCCGUGCGCUGCUCACACGCUCAGUCUACUUCUCAAGGACAUGGUGAAACUCCCUUGGGUGAGCAAGAUAGUGAAGAGGGCGAAGAUGAUGGUGAAGUUUAUCAAGAACCACCAUCGCACAGUAUCCCUAUUCUCUGCUUGCUCGUUGGAGGAGAGGAAGACCCUGAUCAUGCCCACAGAGGUGAGGUUCGCUUCCACGUUUGAAAUGUUGAAUAGAUUGCACGAUAGGAGGGGGGUGCUGGAGGAGAUGAUGGAGAGAGGAUGGAAGAACAUCCACUGGAGCUCGAGGAAACUGAGGGACAAGGCCGACAAGAUUUACCACACAGUUCGAUCAAGUCGGUGGUGGGAGGAGGUGUAUCAGAUCGUUCUCGCGAUGCGGCCAGUGAAUGAACUCCUCAGGCGGAUGGACCGUGACGGCGUGGCGCCAUCAUCUUUGUGGGGCUUUGGGGAGAUGCUCCAAAGUUGCUUGCGCAGCAUCCGUGGCAUCACACUGCAGCAAGAGAAGGAGAUCAUGAAGAUUGUUGACGACCGGUGCAAGAUGAUGAGACAGCCCGUACACGUAGCGAAUUUUCUGUUGUCCCCAACGAGAAGGGAUCCGCGUUGGGUGCUGGACAAGAACACCCCUCUUGUGCACAACGCCAUCAAACAUUUUUUGUCGCAGCUUGGAGGAGAGAGGUGGGGUUCGCAGCAAAACCAUUUGGAUGUUUGGCAAAGUCUCUGGGCUUUCCAUCAGAAGCCACCAAAGGAUCUUUGUCACAAGGAACCGAUGCGGGACACCUUUGGGGUGGCUGACUCCUCAUUCGGAAAACCGCACGAGAGGAGGACCCCGCUGCCACGAUCAGCAAAGGGGAAGGCUGUGAUGGAUAUGGAGGAGGAGGAGGAGGAGGAGGAGGAGGAGGAGGACGAGUGUGGGGAUGAGGAGGAUUGUGACCCUGACUUCGCUGCUGUUCCGCCAUCAUAUGACAACGAGAACGAAGAUGAUGUGGCAUGUGAAGAGGGUUUCAAUGUUCCCGAUGCUCAUGUGGACAGGAUGGACAGCGAUGUGGAGUGCUGGUCGGAAGAGCCGCAGCGACACGCAGUGGAAACAGGCUCCCGUGACGAGGUUGAUAGGGCUGCAGCAAAAGCCAUGGCAGAGAGGGACCGGAAUCUCGUGAAGCAGCGCAUUCAGGAGGAAGACGCACGUCGCGCGGCAGCCCCCCUUCGUUCGAGACCACUUAUGCCACAACCGCCUCCCGGGAUGAGGGGAGACAUCCGAAAAAGGGUUCAGAAACACUCGGAACCGUCGGCGGAACAGCAGCGGAGCGAAGCCCAACGACAAGCACCUGAACAACAGCACUCGCAAGUCGAGCAGCAGCGAGCGAGCGGCCAAGAGCAGGAGCUUGAGCACAACAUGCUCUCGGUGCAGCACCAGCACUUCCCGUUUGAUGAGCAACAGCAAGUUAACCAAACAAAACGGGACGAUUGGGAGCAACAGGCACACCAGCAGUCCUUCCAGCAACCCGAUCAACAACUGCUGCACGAAGCGGAGGAACAACAACAGGUCCACCAACAGCGACAGUUGCAGCACCACAAGCCCGAUGAUUAGCAGCAGCAACAAGAGUUGUCGGCCGAGCAGCAGCAGCAGCAGCAAACUGUCUGCCGUCGAGAGCCCGUGCAGGUGGAUGAG